AUGACCGUCGCUGCAAACAAAAACAAAUACGAUCACAUUCGGACAAUUAUUAUUGGAUUUCUAUGUCUAAUUGGAUUAAUUUUGACUAUUAUUGCAUUAUUUACACCUUCAUGGACAAUUAAUGAAUAUUCAUCGGAUGGUGAAGUUCAUUGGCAUGGCCCGUUCAAGAGAUGUAAUCGUUUUCAAUGUAUAUCAAAUUCUAAUCAGCAUGUUUGGGUUAUAUUUCUAACAAUCACUAGUACACUAUUGUUACUAUGUGCAACUAUCAGCGUAUUUCUAAUGGUUUUCGUUGCAUAUUUUCGACGAUAUUUUUAUCUAGCACCAUUGUUCGUAUUUCUUAGUUUAUUGUUACACUUCAUCGGUAUUGUUGUUUAUACACAUCGAUCAAUCAUAAAUGGCAUUUGUGCACGUUUAAUGUUAACAUCGAUUGUUUUCGCUUGUUUAAGUCUUGCCAUGAUGUCAUAUAUUGCUGGCAGAUAUACAGCUUUCUAUCCGACAAAUCGAACUGGUUAUCAAUUAACGAAAACGGAAAAUACUGAAGUGAUUGAAGUACAAACAGAAGAAAAAUGA